AAUGUCGCAAUUUCUCUAAAAGAUAAAUAAAUUAAUAUGUGCCUAGUGUUGGUAAUAGAUUAAAUUUUACACUGAUUCGCUUCUAUGCUGUUAUCCAUGGAAACAUCGAUAAAACUUAUCGACCGUUUUAAAUAUAGCGGUUUUUUUUCUAUUGCAAGCUAUAUUGUCGAAAUAUCUUUAAUAAUUAAAUGGCAAAACGAGAUAAAUUCCAGCGUCUGGCUGAGAUGCAGCCCACAAUGACGUACUUCUCCACCAUAGCCUUGAUUGUAUCCAAAUCCUCACCUAAUAUAUUCUUUGACAAAAUGAGUGGCACCGAACGAGGUGUAAUUAACUUAACGAUCCGAGAUUCCCCUAAUCACCUUACCAAUUGCAAAUGCUGGGGACAGCGUGCCUGUGUGGAUGAGUACUCCUCCAUGUUGCAGAUUGGUCAUGUGGUAGAUAUUGUGGGCGCCAAGGUGAUGUGUAUUCCGGCCGUUGAUCAGCGUUAUCAGCCACAAGCAACGCUCUCUUGCGCCCUGGUUGUCAACGAAGGCUCCGGAUAUGUGGUGCGACACGACCAAGACGACUCUGGCAAUAUACUAAUCCUCCAGCAGCUUCUCCAGUGUCCAAUAAAGCCACUUGGCGCAACCCUUAAGCUGAAAGAUGUGUGUUCUAGGUUAGGAUCAUCCGAUAAGAUAAUCACCUCCCAUGUAAAUUUACUGGUGGCAGUAGCUUGUGUACGUCCAGUACGACAGAUCAAACGAAAGCUGCAGGUGGCACACAACAAGUCCCAGGAAUUGUUGAACUGCCUUGAGGUUAUUGUGAUCGAUGUCAGUUAUCCGGACGGCAUGCUGCUUUCCAUUUGGCAAUCGGAUUGGAUACGACGUGCCCAGCAAUGGCAACCCCGUCGUACUAUCCUGCAUUUGGUCGAUGUGCGGGUGUCCUACUCGGACUUCCAUUGUUGCCCCGUGCUCUCCCAUUCAAAUUGUACGCUUAUCUGCGAAAAUCCCAUGGUGGUUGGUGAGGAUUGUAGCCUGUUGCUGUCUUUUGCCACCACAGUGGAACUCAAGACUUUCGAUACCUGCGCCCAGAUGGAGUUGGAUAACCUGCCUGCAGCUGCUAGCAUCCAGAACCAAAUGACGGUCAGACAGAUAUACUCCCGCGCCGAGGGUGAACUGCAGAAUGUCUCAACAAAUCAAUUUACAGCUGUGCUGUAUGGUAUGAUCACCAAAUUCGAUUUGGACGGACUAUCCUCCCACAUCAACAGAAAAUGCACCGCCUGCCAACGUCUCAUACUUCACAACCUGAAGGAUUGCGCUUCCGAAACCUGUCAAAUGGAUUUUUUGCUUAACAAUGAUCGUCCUAAAUAUACGAGCUACUUUAACAUUAAUAUUCAGUUUUCCGACCAGACGGGCACACUUGUUGAGACCCGGUUAGCUGGCAAUCCGGCUGAACGGAUUCUUGGCCUCCGUGCGGACGAUUUUGAGCAACUGGCCGAGCGUGACAAAAGCGAACUGAAAUGGCGUUUCCUGCUGAAAUAUUUUGAGGUAAGAUUGCUCGUAAAAAAGCCCACCGGAAUGCGCAAGAAUAUCAUGGUUGUGGUCGUCGAUAUGAAAUCCAUUCGUUUGGAGAAGCUUGUCGAAAAGAUAACCGUUUUCUAG